GUAUGAUCCAGGGAUGGAAGUAAGUCUGGGGUGGUGAACAGUAUGAAUUGUCAUUUAAGAUUUGGAUGUGUGGUGGGAAGAUGGCAAAUAUUCCAUGUUCACGCGUAGGUCACGUGUACAGAAGAAACGUGCCCUACACUUAUCCUAAACCAAAUGCCGUUGUCAUAAACUUUCGUCGCGUAGCAGAAGUUUGGAUGGAUGACUACAAACUAUGGCUGUACGAUCGCCGACCGGAUUUGAAGACCGUCACAGACUAUGGUGAUAUAUCCGAGCGGGUUGCACUUCGCAAUCGCUUACAAUGUAAAAGUUUUAAGUGGUAUUUGGAGAAAGUUGCCAAUGACACGGUUCCUCAAGACUAUCAACUAUCGAGAAGUUACACACAGGUACGUAAUCCAGCCACAAACCUGUGUUUAGAUACUAUGGGCAGAGGACCUGGACAACAAUUGGGCGUUUCAGGCUGCCACGGAUUGAUGGGAAAUCAGGGUUUUAUAUAUUCGUACAAGAGAGAGCUAAUUCACGAUGAGGAUUGUCUAGAUAUGGAACAACCAUAUGCUGGAGGUGCUGUAUUCAUAGAGAGAUGUCACGGAUUACGUGGUAGUCAGCAAUUAUUUCUUAUCAAGGACAAAACACUAUACUAUAAGCCAGCUAAACUGUGCCUGUCGAUUUCAAAAAAGAACAACAAUCAAAUUAUUUUGGAUCGCUGUGAUGAAAACAAAUUGCAACAAAGACAAGCGAUUGGUAGACUGGAUCGAAGCCGUUCGACACUGAAAUGA